AUGGAGCAGCAGCAGGGCGACGUCCGGAUCCAGAUGCCGAGAGUGAAACUCGGCAGCCAAGGGCUGGAGGUUCUGUCACUCUCUCUUCCGAUUCCCGUUUCCGUUAUCACUCUGCUAGAAUCUCUGGUUCAUCUUCCGUCUCUCCCUGUCCGUCCAUGUGUUCGUCUCGCUGCGAGCGUACGCUACCUGGUGAUGGAUUUCUUCUUCUCGUCCUGUUCAGGUUUCCAAGCUGGGGUUCGGCUGUAUGGGCCUCACCGGGGUGUACAACUCCCCGGUCGACGAAGAAGCAGGGAUCGCCAUCAUCCUUCGGGCCUUCGAGCGGGGCGCCACCUUCUUUGAUUCCUCCGACGCCUACGGUCCCCUCACGAAUGAGAUUCUCCUCGGCAAGGCAUGAAGAAGCAGAUCCUCUUCCUCUGUUUCUCCCACUCUCUGUUUGGGUGACGAGGGAACGAAAUGGGCGUUGACUCCCGUUCCUUCUGUAUCAGGCCCUGAAGCAGCUGCCUAGAGAAAAAGUUCAGGUGGCCACCAAGUUUGGGAUUGCGAAGAUCGAUCAGACCGGAUUGGUUGUUAAAGGCACCCCUGAAUAUGUGCGCGCAUCCUGCGAGGCGAGCCUGCAACGCCUCGGCCUAGACUACAUUGAUCUCUAUUACCAGCACCGGAUUGACACCUCCGUGCCAAUUGAGGAAACAGUGAGUUCCUUGACAAGUUUAGUAUGUUUCCUUUGUGAUCAAUCUGGGAAAUAACCUCUCUUUCAUGACUCGUUAGAUUGGGGAGAUGAAGAAAUUGGUGGAAGAGGGGAAAGUGAAGUACAUCGGGUUGUCAGAGGCGAGCCCUGAUACCAUUCGUCGAGCUCAUGCAGUUCACCCUGUCACAGCCCUCCAGAUCGAGUGGUCCCUCUGGACCCGAGAUAUCGAAGAAACCAUUGUUCCACUCUGCAGGUAGUAUCGAUCACUGAUCUUUAGUUGUUCCAUUUGUGGGUGAUGCAAGACCCAUAUAGUAUGCACCAUGUUCUUCUUACACUACUUGAGUUCUUACUGGUUUUGGCGUUCUAAGUUGAAUAAUGUGCAUCAGAACUCGCAUUUAUUGCAUGAAUUUCACUCUCGGAAGAGCUGUGAAAUACGUUUUCCUCUGUUUGGGCUCAUUGGGUCCUCAGGGAUGACGUGCAAAGGGAAUGAUGGAGGCCUAAACUCUAGUUCACAGGAUAUAUUAGCCCUUGUAUACAUUGGUCAGGUUAUAGGCCGUGUAGUUGGCUGUGUUGAGACGAUGUGAUUUUAUAACGCGAGGAAGAAGGAAAUGGUGAAUCUGGGGCCUGGCACAUGUGAUGCAAGGAAGGUUUAAGCGAUGAAAUCUGGUCUGACAUUUUUGUGUUGCUGAUCUUCUCUCAAGUAGGUGGAUUUUUAUGCUGAUGGAGUUGUAGUUUUCCUUCUCUCAGAAAGCUACGUUGUUCGUCAAGAAGCCGUUUGAAUGGAUGGUACUAUAUUAAUAUGUACGAAUGCAAGUGAUGAGACACGUCUUGAUUUGCUCUAGCAUCUAUUGAUUCUGCUGGCAAUGUCCCGCUGGGCUUAGUCAAUACUAGUUUCUAUGAGAAUUGGGGAACAUGAACCUGAGCCAAAAUCAUCGUACACCUCAACUGAGCUAAGUUAGAUCAGUCUGGUUGAAGUCGAGUACUUUCUUUGAAUCAGACUACCAUCACUUUCACUGUGUAUACUGCAUCCUGAAAGGUUUACUUCAGGUAUUGCAUCCACCAUUAUUAGGCAGCAAUCAUGCCAGAGCAUCCACACAAGACUCUAGUGACCACUGAGGUGAGAAACCAUGGGAGAGAAGCUACAGGUUUUGGUGGUGGCGACCUAUUGCAGAUGGUACAGGGAAGAUGAUUCUGCCCCUUCAGGAGUGUCUUGGAUUUGAGAGAAAGAGUUGGGGAAGCCCAACAUUGCUAGAAUACUUGGUAGAGUGUUUACAGUCCUGUUAAACCCUCCUCUUUGAGCUAAUUCAAUCUCAAAUUUGUGCAAGAUCCAAACUAAACAUGUUUUUCUUAAGGGCCCCAGAAAUUCGGAGUCUCAUAUCAGAGAGAAUUACUUGAAGCUGAGCUCAGAAGCAUGAUCUGUUUUUCUUCAGACUGUCCCCUCUCUGAUACUCCAUCUUUUAUUCAGGAUUUCAGUUGAAGGGAGCAUGAUCGUGGACAAAGGAAAACAGAUGAAUGGAGAUAGAUGAGAGUGUUGGUGGCCUUCAAAGUGAGAUAAACACUGAAGGCCUAGGGUUGAGAAACACAGAUCUGUGAAGUUGCACAGAUAACGCAGCAAGAGUGAAGACAUUGCCCUAAGGGUUGAGAAAUAUAUAGCUACACUGAAGGUCUAGGAAAAGGUAGUUCUAUUAAUUGUUAGGAAUGUGAUUCAGAUAAGCAGUUAGAUGAAGAUAUUUUCUACUUCCAGAAGGUCAUUCGGACUCAUUACUGGCAGCGAAUAAAUUCUUUAAAUUUAUUUGAAGAAUGUAGCUUGUUAAAAUAGCUGAGAGGCAGGAGGGAAAGGUUGGGGGAGGGAAGCAAGUUGGGAAAGGGAGCCUCUUUAUUAUGUAAUUAAAAGCUCGUAUCCUGAGAUGAAUGAAUACCCGUAAUAUUAGUGAUCAACUUGAAAAAAGCAAAUAAACUUGCUGCUGGAAGGGAUCACAUCAUGAAUCAGAACAUUGAUUGGAUCUAUUGGCAUAGGACUAAGAGGGAUGUAAUUUCUAGAACAGAAAUCAAGAAACUGGAUGGAAACAUAUCAGCAAGCUGGACGGUAUUUGCCCUGAGGGAACCUAAUAAGGGUAGGCUUUAGUUUAGAAUGAAGAGGUUUGGGCUGUGGAGAUCUGUAAUAAAUGUGGAUACUGUAUUUUAUCCAUGCUUAGAAUGCUCAAGAGACCGGCCUUGAAUUCUGUUAAACCAAUAUAAACGUCAGAUUCAUAACAGGAUCACGAUGAUUUAUCAUUAUAGCCAUAGUUGAAGCUCUAAAGUCAAACCAGUUUCAUCUAUUUUCUCUGGACUUCCCGACAUAUGAACAAGCUGAAGUGUGAGAAUACUUUUCCCCAGAAAAUAUUCUUUUGAUAUGACCCUUCCGGCUCAUUGGAUUCUCUGGCAAUUGAUAGUGAUAGCUUCUGAUGAAUAAAUAUUGAAUUUUUUUAAUUAAUGAUUCAGUUCCCUGAUUGGAAUGAAGUUUUUCUACAAUGACAAAUGAAAGGCCUAUUUUUAAGAUUGAAUAAUUUCUGUUGACUAAAUAGGACGGUCUUUCUUUCAUAACUGAUCAUCCUGAACAAUCUGUUCAAGAUCUUGAUGUCUUAACCAGCCAGUGAUUUAGUGACUUUCCCCUGUAAGAUGUUUUUUUCUGGAUUAUGGGUUUGAUGGAAAGAAAGAAAUUAUGUUCGAGCUUUAACACAUGGAAGUUUGCCAGGAUCUUUUUCUAUAUGGUGAUUUCAACUUUCUUUAUUUUGAUUGGAAAAGGUCUGGCCAUCACAGAUGGUAACAAGACAUAGGGAUAUGGUUGGCCAGUGGUUUUGAAGCAGUCUUUGGGUUGAAAUGACUGGCAUAUGAUUUGCAUUGGUGUCAAAUGCUGAAUAGAAGUUGAUUGGAUGCUAAUCUGAAUGGGAGUGCUACUGCAGGAAUUUAUGAAUGAAAUAAGGGGUUUGCCAUAUAUGCUUUGACUUAAUUAUUCACUCUUCAUGAACGUGUACGUGUGUCUCUAUUUACCUGCUUCCCAUUGUAUUUUAGUUCAUUGGUUGGCAGUAAGGUUCAUUCAUUAUGGUUGCUAGAUGUUCAUAAUGGUCAGAAAGCGAAAUCUGAGAGUAAUAUUUUAUUUCUCAUGAUUAACGAGAAUUUUUCUCUUUUCGGUCAAGAAUAUUUUAAAGUGCAAGUUUCGAAAUCUCAGAUAUUCUUGAAUGAGCGAACUCAGAACUGUCUUUCGUUUCCCUCAAUGUUAUAACCAUGAAACUGCAGACGUGCAUUUUUUCAUAUAAACUUGCUGAUAAAUUUUUUUCUCGUUUCUAUUAUUUUUCUUGAUAGUUUUCAUCUACAAAUUACGUGCAUGAUGCUUUACAGGGAACUUGGGAUUGGCAUAGUUCCUUACAGCCCCCUUGGUCGUGGAUUUUUUGCUGGAAAGGCUAUAGUAGAAAGUUUACCAGAGAAUAGUGCCCUUGUAAGAUCUUGGCCUGGAAACUGGUUUUUUUUUAUCCAGUGGGUUAUAUUUUUUGCACAGUUAUUAAUUACAUGUAUUAUUGAGAGGGAAUCAUUGCUAGCAUCUUAAGUUUCAGAAUGGUUGAAAUUUAUAUUACGGUGCUUACACUUAUAUGAUAACAUAAGAUAAUGGUUAUUUUAUCAGGUUACAGGUACAUAAUAUUUUUUUUAUUUUUUCUAUUGUUUGGCAUGCUCAUUUGUUGGAAUUUUUAUUUUUUUUUCUGUGAUAAGAGAAUGGGUAUGAGAUGCUUCAUGCGGUAGUGAACCUUUGCUUAUGCAUCUAUUGUAUUUACUUCGUUUAGGUUACGCAUCCAAGGUUCUCUGGAGGAAAUUUCGAGAAGAACAAAGUUCUGUAUGCACGCUUAACAGAUCUAGCUGCGAAGCACCAAUGCACCCCUGCCCAAUUGGCUUUGGCCUGGAUUCUUUAUCAGGGUGAUGAUGUUGCUCCAAUUCCAGGUGAGUGUCUGCCUCUGUUUCUUCACACAAAUCACUCUUUCUUCCUUCUGAAAACGCUGUUAGUUACUUACUAGCGCUUAUCUCAUGAUUUAAGAAUCUUACCAGUAUGCAGAAUUAUCUGAAUCUUUAUCUCACCAGUUCGAAAAGCAGUUUUAGUCCAAAUGGGAAGGGGACACAACAGGUAAACAAUGCCAUGAUGAAUCAGAUCCGCCAAAGAAAAAGAAACACAUAUCUCAUGAUUUAAGAAUCUUACCAGUAUGCAGAAUUAUCUGAAUCUUUAUCUCACCAGUUCGAAAAGCAGUUUUAGUCCAAAUGGGAAGGGGACACAACAGGUAAACAAUGCCAUGAUGAAUCAGAUCCGCCAAAGAAAAAGAAACACAUCAUCUGAAACUCCUAGGGUGGCAGCAGGGUGAUUCGAAUAUCUUGGGAUCAGGUGGUCUGGUGAUCUGGGCCAUUAGUAAAAGAUGCUAAAUUCACCAGUUUCUUAUUAAAGUUUCCCACAUUGUGGAGAAGUUUUGUUUUAAUCAUCUUUUCUCUGUGACCACAUGCAUGAGGUUUAUAUAGAGUUAGUAGACAUUCUUGUUGUAGGAAUGAUUGCCAAUGAAGUAAUCCUGGAACAGCUAUCCUCUCCUGUGAAUGGAAAUAUAUGGCAUACACUUUCCCAGGUCAAUGGCACAGAAAUUGUUCUUAUUGUUGUUUCUCUUGCUUGCAGCCGGAUUCUAGAUAAAAGUGGAAAAUAAUAUGUGAAUUCGAUUAAUGUAGGUAAUUAAUCGGAACAAGAAAAAGGUAAAUGGCUCAACUAGGCGGUAACCUGUCUGUAGGAAUAAAACGAAAUUUCCUUUGAAAAGAUUGGGGAAUUUCUUCUACAGGAAGGUGAGUGGACUGUACGUUCUAUAUUACCAACAUAUUCAACAUUCAUUUCGUAUUAUGUAAUCAUCUCAUGGCAAAAACCUCUCAGACGUUAUAUAUAAACUGUAGAAAGGAAUUUUUUGGGAUAUUCUUUUCUGAAAAAUUUCCUUGGAUAAGAUUCAUAUAUUGUGACACAAAUUUUACCUCUCUCCAUCUUCAUCUUGUCUUCUACAUUUUUCAUCUCUGGUGAACUUCGAGGCUUGGCCCAUGCUGUAUGAACUUGUGUUACGAACGAACAAGUUUUCUCCCUGGCAUGCGGUACCAUCAGACAUGUAAUAUUGGCAACCAGUGGACGAGUCGUGUUGAAUCCUUGAAUCCUAUACUAUAUUUGGUCAAUUCUGGACUGUGGGAAGCAUUUAUAUUAUGCUCAAGUACGAUAUGGAUAAUUUUAGCUCUAGACUCUAGAUGCUUAAUGCUAAAUGUAUAAUUUUUGAUCCAUUGGAUACUAGUCAUAUGGAGUUGAGUGAGUAGAUUUUGUUGACAAUUAGUAAUAACCAACCUCAGACUUGCUCGUAGAUUUUGUUGACUAUUAGUAAUAACCAACUUGAGACUUGCCCUUGUUGCAAGAGGUAUCUGGAGCUCCGUUGGGGCAUUUUCCAAUCAGCCCAGUGCCAUGGAUAUGCUUAGAUUGAGUAUCAUUGCUGUUUUAUAGUUGCCCUAAAUUCUUUUAGAGAAACACAUCACUUCCUGACAAGUCUUUUCGAAAUCAAGCGGCCAUUGUUGGCAGCGCCUUAAGAACAGUGUUUUCUGUUGCCAAUGUUUUCAGCGAAAAAGCAGGCCUUCCUGACUCGUGUGGCGCUUCUAUCAGGGCAUCGAAAUUCUAUGAUUAUUUAAUGACAAAGCAUGCCAUAAUGGAAUUGAAAUGCUCCCACAAUUCAUUGUCAUAAUUCAUUUUCAGCAUGUGUAAACUUUGGGUUGGUAGUUUGAACUGUUUGCUACCUGCUCCGUGUCAACUGGGCUGUCAGAAAUCGUCGUCUCUUACUGGGUUUCUCUCAUUCUCUACAGGGACUACAAAGAUCAAGAACCUUGACGACAAUAUUGAUUCUCUGAAGGUAAAGCUUGCAGCUGACGAACUGAAAGAGAUUUUGGAUGCAGUUCCUCUAGAAGAGGUGGCGGGUCACAGAACCUAUGCUCAUGUUAAAAAUGCGACAUGGGAGUCCGCAGAUACACCAUCCCUUGGUGGUAGCAAUGCUGCUGCACCCUAG